AUGACUAGCAACGUGAACACGUCUGAAGUCGAGACACUUCUACAACAUAAUGGACGACAGCCAGUGGUGUACAGUGGACUAAUURCAGCUCCAAAUASUAAUGAUGCAUCAAAAUCUCUCUCUGCGUCACUGGUAAGGAGAUCUAAGGAGGUYUUCGCACAACCAGGAAUACCGAUUUUCAGGGCAAUAUUUGUAGUUAUGAAUGGUGCUAUGGGUGCUGGUAUAUUGAACUUUCCUCAAGCUUUUGCCAAGGCAGGAGGAGUGAUGCAGGGAAUGACCAUACAACUAUGUAUGCUUGUCUUCAUCAUUGGAGCGUUCUUGAUCCUUGCAUAUUGUGCAGAUAAAUGUGGAGCACAAAACUUUCAGCAAGUAAUUCGAGGCUGCCUUGGCCAUAAGCAUUAUGUUUUAGCAGAAGUCUUGGUAUUGGUAUACAUGAUAGGAACUGCYGUGGCCUAUAUGGUACUUAUUGCAGACCAGCUUGAGAAAGUUGGAGAGGCAGUAGCUUCUGGAGAGCAUUGGUAUGUGAAGAGGAACUUUUUGCAAAGUGUUGUUGCUGUAUGUUUUCUUUUACCAUUAUGUCUGCCAAAACAUAUGGGAAUACUUAGUUAUACAAGUACUGUUGGUGGCGUUGGUGUUGCAUAUAUCUGCUUUGUGGCUGYCUACAAUUAUUUUGUUGGGACAUACAAUGUGAACAAAAUUGAGCCUCAUCCAGAGAAGAACAUAAAAGAUUAUUUGACUGUUAUGCCAACCAUUUGCUUUGGAUAUCAGGUUCAUGUACAAGCUGUAUCAGUUUAUGCCGAAYUAAAGCGUCCCACUGUCCCACGGUUUGGAUUGGUUUGUACAAUGGCCAUGUUUUUCUGUUUAGUAGCUUACUCAUUCACUGCAUGUUUUGGUUACCUCACAUUUGGAGAUAAGCUUGAGGGUGACUUCUUGAAGAACUAUGAUAAAAGUGAUGUUCUAGCCAACAUUGCCAGGGUUAUACUAGCUCUUUUGGUACUGUCAUCUUAUGCAGUGUGCGCCUUCUGUGGCAGGUCAUCUAUAGAAGGUUUAUGGAUGAUGUCUUGGAAAAUGUCUAUAGUCGAGGGACAACAACAUGCUAAACUUAGAAGGAUUAUCAUCACCACUGGCUGGGUKACAAUUUCUCUCCUUUGUUCUAUWUUUAUACCUGAUGUUGACAAUGUCAUCUCUGUUGUUGGAGGAAUAGCAGCAUUAUAUAUUUUCUUCUAUCCAGGGAUUUGCCUUGUAAUGGAGUUAAUCAAAGACUCCUAUCUGACAGUCUUUCAUUGGAUGUUAAUUGCUCUUGGCAUUGUAUAUGUUGCCAUAGGAAUAUUCUUGUUUGGUGAAUCUGAAGUAAUAGCAGUACAGAUGGAUUUAAAAUGACCAAGCUAUUACUAGAGGACUUGCCAACAUGAAUUUAUACAUAAAAUGCAGAUUUAAAUUCAAGGACAGAAGUGUAGCUCACACCAGAAAUAGCUAGCCAUUUAGCAAAGUGUCAUUGAAGCACCUUAUGCUGUAAGCCUGUCACUAUAAACAAUUAUACCUUAUUCAAGGGCUAACAUAUGGGAAGAAAGCAAUCACUUAAUAUAUGUUUAUUUAACAUUAUAUGUAUACAACCUUGAAAUCAAAUAAUACAGUAUUCUUAUAAAAAAACAAUGGAC